AUGCUACAUUCAGGCUUUGCUCUGUCAGCUCUGUUGCUAGGAUCUGGCGAGACGUUAAACUGUUCACAACCCACAACCAAGUCUCUCCUUAAUGCUAUAAAAGAGGAAGUUCUUAUCUACAGUGAAGCAAGACCAGUGAUAAGUCUGCAAACUCCUACCAACGUCAGUGUGGACUUGACUCUCUAUGGAAUUUUAGGAGUGGAUGAAAAAUCACAGGUGUUGGAAACAUAUAUCUGGGUGAGGCUGAGGUGGCAGAUUGAAGGUUUGAGCUGGGAUCCGGUUGAGUGUGGAUCAAAGAGAAUCUCUCUACCAAGAGAGAAGGUGUGGAUUCCAGACAUUGUCAUCAAUGAAUUCAUGGAUGAAAACAGAGCACCAGAAACAUAUUAUGUCUAUGUAACUUCCACUGGUGAAGUUGUGGAUGGAAAGCCAAUUCAUGUGAUCAGCUCCUGUCGACUUGACAUCUACACCUUUCCAUUUGAUAUUCAAAACUGCACAUACACUUUCAACUCUUACAAACACGACAUUCAGGAUGUUCGGCUGUUCUUCUUUAAACCGGUGGAGGAUAUAUUCAAGCAGUCCCUUACAGAAAUGACGACCAGUGGAGAGUGGGAUUUGAUAGACAUGCGGGCAGAAAAACCUAUUGUCCUGAGACGUCGAGCUACGCUGUAUGUGGUGAACCUCCUGAUUCCCAGCUGCUUUCUUCUUUCAGUGGAUCUGUUCAGCUUCCUACUGCCUCCUCAGAGCGUGGAUCGUGCUUCCUUCAAGAUGACCCUCAUCCUGGGUUACACCGUGUUCCUUCUGCUAAUGAAUGACCUGUUGCCCGUCACAGGAAACACCUUACCUCUCAUAAAUGUGUUUUUCUCUCUCUGCAUGGCCUUGAUGGUGGCAAGUCUCCUUGAGACUAUUCUCAUCACUAAUAUCCUGAGUGCUUCCAGUAACUAUCCUCCGUUACCUAAGUGGAUCAGGAUUCUGGUUCUGAAAUACCUUGCUCGACUUGUUAGGAUGGAAAAAAAUUAUUGUGAUCACAAUUGUGCCACUAAAUCAAACUGCUCUGACAUCACUGUCUAUGACAACAGCAUGACUGAUAUCCUGAAGCCAAAAUCAGAAUCUGGUCCAAUAAGUCUCCAGGAACAGUGUCUAGAGGAAAUGAAGAUGAUGAGUAAAAAUCUAUUGGCUAUUCGCCACAUGGUUGAAGAGCACUUCAGUAAUGACAACAGAACAGAUGAAUGGAUCCUCUUUGGUCAGGUCAUUGACCGUGUACUCUUUCUCCUGUAUUUUCUCUUUAUCACUGUGAGCUCAAUCACAAUUAUGGUUCUGUGGCUGCAUUUAUAUAGUCAUGAUAAAAAGUCAUAG